CAUAUUGUUUGUUUUUUUGAAACAACUGUCAUUGCGAGCACUUCACCUUUGAUCGUCCUGCUUUGACUGGUGCCAAGCAAAUUUAAGGAGAGCUGUCACGGAAUGAACUGAUUAUAUGAGAGGGAAAUGACAGGAUGUUUUUAAUUACUGUUUAUACUCAUUCAUAGCUUAUAUGUAAUAACGUCUUGUUGGAGCAAACUAGUCCGUGCCCUCGAUUCUAAACCUUCGAAUUCCUCUUUCAUGGUGAUAACUAUUCUUUUUGUUUUCAAAACCAAAAUUCAAAACCAAUUUGUCGAGUCAUAAAGAGGCCGCAGAAGAAAGGCAAAUAACUCUAUCCUUCAUCAUUUUAGAACAACAAGCUUGUCUUAGCAGCUAUUUUAAGGGUUGCAUCAGAGACUUAUGAUUGGCAGUCCUGUAAGACCGUUGUCAAGUACAAUUUCAUUUCGUUCUCUGGAACAAAAGGUUUGUAAUGUUAUGUUAUAUUAUGUUUACUUAGGGCCUUAGCGUUUUCUUUCAGUAAAAAGUAUUUAUAUAUCCGCUGGGCUAAUAACACAACAGAUCCAUCAUAUUGCUGACAGACGUGAACUUUGUUGGUUUUUGAAGGCAAACGAACAGAAAUGCUGGAUGUGGUUAACGUUACAGGGUUACCGAACUGUUAUUUUGGCUGGAUAAGUCUGUUAUUUCUCCUAGCAGCGCUUAUUUACUGGUUCGGUAUCUCGGGUUAUGCCGUGACCAAUCAUGUACCUCUCCCGGGACCCAAACCUUGGCCUUAUCUUGGAAACCUCUUGGAUGCCUUCAAAUAUGGCGGUCUACACAAAGCGUUCCUGGAAUACGGCAAGAGAUAUGGAAAAGUUUUCAAAAUGUACAUGGGGAGAGAUGCUAUUAUUGCUGUUGCAGAUCCGGAAAUGCUGAAACACAUACUUGUCACGGACUUUCAUAAAUUCAGAAACAGGCCAGAGUUUUUAGCUGGGAGAGCUCCUUUAAGCAAAGGUUUGUUUGGCGCUCGAGACGAUGAUUGGAAGCGCGUACGGUCCAUUUUGACCCCAACCUUCAGCUCGUUUAAAUUAAAGGAGCUCGUACCUAUCAUGGAAGAAGCCGCUGAUAUAUUGCUGUCGAAGUUUGAAAACUUUGCAAAGGAAGAGAAAAGUGUCGACGUCAGCACACCCUUUGGUCAGUUCACUCUUGAUAUAAUCCUAUCGGCUGGUUUUGGUCUUAAAGCAGAUGUCCAAACCAACCCGGCGGAUCCAGACCUUGUGAAAAAGGCAUUGAGCGUGUUCAUAGUACCCGUGUACAUCCGAGCUCUGACCAUGUUUCCUUUCUAUCGCCACCUGAAAAAGAUCUUCGACUUAAAUCCAAUUCAGCAUGUUCCGUACUUCGCGAAACUGGCUAGAGGUAUUCUAGAACUCAGACGCAGUGGCUCGGUGGGACGGAGAGAUCUUGUUCAGCUCAUGUUAGAGGCCACAGAAGAGAGCAACAACGAAGUCAAAACACUGACAGAUGAAGAAAUUAUAGCUCAGUGCAUCACCUUCUUGGUGGCGGGCAGUGAAACAACCGGGUCUACACUGGCUCUUAUUGCAUACCAUCUCGCUUAUUACCCUGAGAUACAAGAGAGACUUCUGCGUGAAAUUGACGACGCUACAAAGUCGCGCGGUGAUGUUUCAAUCUACGAGUUUGUUCAGAGCCUUGAGUACCUUGACCGAGUUGUCUCCGAGGUUCUCCGUUUGUGCACGGUUGGUUAUGUUAAUGUCCGUGAUUGCAUGGAGACCUGUGUAAUCAACGGCGUGGAAUUCCCUGCUGGAGCCUGUGUUUAUAUUCUGUCGUAUUGUGUCCAUCGUGAUCCUGAUUACUGGCCAGAGCCUGAGAAAUUCGAUCCAGAUCGCUUCCUUCCUGAAGUUGCCGAAAAGCGGCCAACCUUCUCUUACUUACCUUUUGGCCUGGGUCCUAAACAGUGCAUUGGCAUAAGAAUGGCUCAACUUGAAAUGAAGUUGGCGCUGGUUAAAAUUCUGCGGAAAAUGAAAUUUGAGAGGGGAUUGGGUACUACCGAAACCAUCAAGUUGCACGCUUCCACCAUUUUAGUGCCACGUGAGCCUAUUUGUGUCAGGGUUGUGGCAAGAUCUUCUCAAACCAUGGCUACAGCAUCAAAAUGAGCCUGCAGAGUUCACUGUUCUGAUUAAUUGAAAUUUGACUACAUAUACACUGUACUCACAGGGCGCUUUCCAUUUCACCAAAAUACACGGUUUGAAUUUCCGUCAAGGCGAAUAAAAGAGCAUUUUGCGGAAUUUCCCUAAAAGAGG